AAAUAACUCAUCAGUACAAACAUCUGCAUACAGAUCAGGUUGUUUCACAACCAUCUAACCUAUAUAAAGCACUGGACCAGUCCAGACAGUAACAAGUCUACUGGCUGUGAAAUUCGACUGUCAGAUCUGCUGCUGGCCUGUGACCAUUACAAGCAUGAAGUGCAUCACCAUGUUUCUUGUGCUGUCCAUGGUUGUUAUGAUGGCUCAACCUGCAGAGGGCUUUUGGGGUUUAAUUGUGCAAAGGCUGAAGCAUGGAGUCCAUUUUGCCCAUAAAAUUCUCAAUGGAAAAGAUGUGGAGCAGCUGGCGGAGCAGCUGGCGGAGCAGCAGCAGCUGGACAAGCGUGAUUUUGAGGAUUACCGCCCAGCAGAACUCAAACGUUUCCAUUUGCUGCAGCAGACUCAUUUAUCCGAAGACGACUGGAACUUUGAAAGCAUGAAGUGCACCACCAUCUUUCUCGUGCUGUCCAUGGUGGUCCUGAUGGCUCAGCCUGGAGAGGGCUUCUUUGGAUGGCUUAUCAAAGGGUUGGGGCAUGGCAUUAGUGCCAUACACAAAGCGGUCAAUGGAAAUUCCAAAGAUUUGGAGGACCUGUUGGAGCAGCAGCAGCAGCUAGCCGAGCAGCAGGAGCAGCUGGACAAACGUGCUUUUGAGCAAUUCCAGAAUAACUAGACU